AUGAAUGAUAAUUCCAAAUUUGGAAUAUGUUUGUCAGAAUAAAAAGUAGAUAAUGCGAAUAGAUAUAUAAAAAAAGAAAAAUAAAAAAAAGGGAAAUGGAUUGAAGUUUUCGAGUAAUUUAUUUUCAUCCUAAAUUUAGUUCAUAAAAUGAGAUCUAUAUGAAGGGAGAAUAUUUAAAUAAUCUUAAAGUUGGAUGUUGGGAAACAAUAUUUAAAGAUUAAAUUAUGUAUUGAAAAUU